GGCAGUCAGUCUGCACUGCACAAUUCCACUACGAUUAUCACCUACGAGGCCUUCAAUACCAUGCUCCUUUCUGCAAUGGCAAUCCAUCCAUGGAGCUCCACUCUCCCCGCCUUUAAAUUCGCCUCCAAAUGCAAGACGCAGAGGGAAAUCGACCAAAUUCACGGGAACUUAAUCGCUACCGGCACCAUCCACAACCCAUCAUUGACCUCAAAAAUCAUCCUUGAUUUUGCCCUUUCUCAGCAAAAACCCAGUGUGGACUUCGCGAGGCACCUCUUUUUCGAAUUCAAUUACCGAGAUGCGUUCCUGUGGAAUGCAAUCAUCAGGUCGUAUUCGCACGGAGAAGAGCCGGAGAAUGCGUUCCAGGUGUUGGUUUUGAUGCUCGUGAGAGGUAUUUUGGUCGAUGAGUAUUCAAUAUCGCUAGUUUUGAAAUCGUGCUCGCGGUUGAGGCUUUUGAGUGAAGGAAUGCAGAUUCAUGGAUUGCUGUUGAAAUUAGGGUUCGGAUUCGAUGUGUUCUUGCAGAAUUGCUUGAUAUGUUUGUACACAAAAUGCGGGUGCGUUCGAUUUGCACGGCAGAUGUUUGAUAGAAUGUCUAGAAAGGAUUCGUUUAGUUACAAUCUGAUGAUCGAUGGCUAUGUUAAAUUCGGUUUGGUUAAUUUAGCUCGUAAGGUGUUCGACCAAAUGCCGCUGAGGACGAAAAAUUUGGUUUCAUGGAACACUAUGAUCAAUGGCUACUUGAAAUUGGACAGUGCCUUUGAAUGUGCCAUCAAACUGUUCGAUGAAAUGCCUGAAAGGGAUUUAGUUUCUUGGAAUCUCAUGAUUGAUCAUUGCGCGAAGAAUGGGAAGAUGGAGAUAGCUCGGGAUUUGUUCGAUCAUAUGUCUGAAAGGGAUGUUGUUACUUGGGCUAGUAUGGUUUCCGGGUACGCCAGGUCAGGAAAAAUUGACAUUGCGCGAGGUUUCUUCGACGCUAUGCCUCGGCGGGAUGUUGUUUCUUGCAACGCAAUGAUGGCGGGGUAUGUAGCCAACGGGCGUUACCACGAGGCAUUGAAGGUUUUCCACGACAUGUUAGGAAGAGAUGAGGUCGAUUUGGAUCCCGAUACUGUGACUUUAUUGAUGGCCCUCUCGGCCGCAACUCGGUUGGGUAGCAUGGAGGAAGGGAUGGCGAUACAUCGAUACAUCGAAGAACACGGGUUUGUUACGAGUGGGAAACUUGGGGUCACUUUGAUCGAUAUGUACGCAAAAUGUGGAAACAUCGAACGAGCAAGAGAUACAUUCGAAGGGGUUAGGGAGAAAAGCACUGCUCUUUGGAACGCUAUGAUUGGCGGAUUGGCGAUUCACGGGAUGGGAGAUUCGGCGUUUGAUUUAUUUCUCGAAAUGCAAAGGCGUAGAGUGAAACCCGACGAUAUUACCUUCAUCGUUGUUUUGCACGCGUGCGGGCAUUCGGGGCUUGUGAAAGAAGCGCUUAUUUGCUUCGAAGUUAUGAAAAGGUUUCACAAAAUCGACCCCAAGGUCGAACACUACGGAUGCAUGGUCGAUGUACUCACUAGAUCCGGUUUCAUCGAAUACGCGACUAAAUUAAUCGAGGAAAUGCCGAUUCGCCCGAACAAAGUGGUGUGGCGAACGUUGCUAAGCGCGUGCACGAAUCAAGAACGGUUGAACGUUGGAGAGCCGGUCGCCAAGCAUCUUAUUGGAACGGGUUUUAUCGAUUCGAGUUCUUAUAUACUUUUGUCGAAUAUGUACGCGCAAUCUGGGCUCUGGGACUAUGUUAGAAUGGUUAGGGAGACGAUGAAACAAACGGACGUGAACAAGAUUCCGGGUCGCAGUUGGAUCGAACUGGGUGGCGCGGUGCACGAUUUCUUUGCCGGCGGCGCGACGGUUUUCGAGCCGGAAGAAAUUGGCGCGAAUUCUAAUGGGUUUGACGAUGUUCGAGUUGAUAAUUAUUCGAUCAAAAUUUGAAUCAAGAUUUUUAAGCUGAAGAAAUUUUAGGUGAUAUGUAUGUAUCAUAUUGAGCUAUGUGUGUAUGUAUAGAAAGUUUUAAAUUUCAAUGAUUAAAUACAUCUAUAUUUAGUUGUAAAUUGGUUUUAUUUAUUUAUUUAUUUAUUUUAUUCA